AUGUUGAAGCUUUUCUUGCCAAGGAAAGCUCUGAUAUUCACCAAGAAAACUCCAAUCAUCACAAGAUCAAUCUCUUCAACACCUCCAUUCCCAUCUUCACCAUCACCUUCUCUCUCAUCUAACCUCACCAACACUUUCCUCAACUGCAAGACCCCAACCCAAGCCUUAGAACUCUUCAAACGCGUUUCGAGCAGACUAGACGCACACAACAACACUUUGCACUACCCAGCAAUCAUUCACGUCCUAACCAGGGCCAAAUUGUAUGUCCACGCCAGGUGUUUGAUGAAAUGCCUCAUCCGAAACCGCCUCCAGACCCGCAAGCGUCAUCGUGCCUGUUCAUCUGUGUUCCACUUGCUUAGCCGCUUGGAAACCCCCAAAUUCUCUCCCAUGGUGUUUGGUGUGUUAAUCAUUGCAUUAUCUGAAAUGGGUUUUGUCGAAGAGGCCUAUUGGGUGUACGGAAAGAUCGCGGAUUUGCCUGCAAUGCAGGCUUGCAAUGCACUCCUUGAUGGGUUUGUCAAGAUGGGUAGGUUUGAUUUGAUGUGGAAAGUUUACGAAAACAUGGUGUCACGUGGUGCUUCGCCUAAUGUUGUGACUUAUGGUGUAUUGAUUGAUGGAUGUUGUGAUCAAGGAGAUAUACCAAAGGCACACAUGUUGUUUGAUGAAAUGGGUGAGAAAGGGAUUGAACCAACGGUUGUGAUCUACACAACUCUAAUACGUGGUCUGUGCAGCGAGAGUAAAAUGUCUGAAGCAGAAAACAUGUUUAGGACGAUGAGGGAAUCGGGUGUACUCCCUAAUCUGUAUACUUACAAUACUCUGAUGGACGGGUACUGCAAAAUGGCCAAUGCACAAAAAGCCCUCAAUUUGUAUCAAGAAAUGUUGGGUCGUGGUGUGCUGCCUAAUGUUGUUACGUUUGGUAUCCUAAUUGAUGUGCUCUGCAAAGUGGGUGAAUUGGUGGCAGCCAGAAAUUAUUUUGUCUGUAUGAUUAAAUUUGGGGUUGUUCCUAAUUUAACAGUGUAUAAUUGUUUGAUUGAUGGCUAUUUUAAGGCAGGGAACCUAUCUGCAGCGAUGGAUAUGUAUUUGGAGAUAAAAAUGUUUGAAAUUUCUCCUGAUGCGUUUACGUACAGUAUUCUUAUGAAAGGUCAUUAUAAUGUCGGUAGAUUGGAAGAAGGGUUUGAUUUAUUAAGAAAAAUGAAUAAAGAGGGAGUCCUUGCAAACACCGUGACGUACAAUACACUAAUUGACGGGUAUUGUAAAGCAGGCAAUAUGAAGAAGGCUUUGGAGUUAUGUUCUGAAAUGACUGAGAAGGGUAUAGAUCCCAACGUUGUCACCUUCUCUAUCCUCAUAAAUGGUUACUGCAAGUUUAGGAACAUGGAGGCUGCCAUGGGAUUAUACACGGAAAUGGUAAUCAAAGGCCUUGAUCCUGAUGUUGUUACUUACACAGCUUUGAUCGAUGGACAUUUCAAAGAUGGUAAUGUAAACGCAGCUCUCCAGCUGCAUAAGGAGAUGCUAGAAGCUGGCCUCAAACCUAAUGUUUUCACAGUUAGUUGCUUGAUUGAUGGCCUAUGCAAGGAUGGAAGAACUAAUGAUGCAAUCGAGCUUUUCUUAGAGAAAACUAGAGCUGUUCAAAAUGGAGGUGAAAUGAGUCAGGUGAAUCAUGUUAUGUAUACAUCUUUGAUUCAAGCUCUGUGCAAGGAUGGGCAGAUUUUCAAAGCCAGUAGGUUUUUCUCAGACAUGCGAUAUUACAAUUUGAAACCAGAUGUGAUCACUUACGCAGUCAUUAUACAGGGUCAUUUUCGAGCGAAGCAUAUGAUUGAUAUGAUGAUGUUGCAUGCAGACAUGCUGAAGAUGGGUAUGAUGCAAAAUGCAAUCAUAUACCAGAUCUUGGCUAGAGGUUAUCGAGAGAUUGGAGAUCUCGAAUCAGCUCUCAGGUGUUCCCAGGAUUUAUCCAAAUCAAGUCUUUGGUGUCUGGAACUUCCCUUAAUAUGA